AUAGGUAGGUAAGUGUAAAUGUAGAUAAGUAAGUAUAUUCAGUCUUCAGUGUCUUCUUGUCUUGUAUGUCCUGUCACCUACCUACUUUGAAAAGUAGCAGAGCACAAACGCAGUCGAAAUUGAUUACUUUUGGGGAGAAAGUUGUAAACCGUCUUUAUUUGUGAAAUUAUGUUUAAGUAGAAAUAGUAAAAUGUUUUCUCGUAAUAUCGGCCGUUUAAUGAAAUACGGUUUAUAUGGAAGUGUGGGUAUUGGCGGUACGGUAGGUUUGCUAAAGGCGCAAGAAGAUGAUAUUGCAGCCAUCACGGUCGUGAGGAUCAUAAGGACGGCUAAAACUGCUCUGGAAAUCGGCAGAAUUUACAAGACAAUGCUGUAUAGCAAAGAGUGGGACACAAAUUCCGAGGAGUACCAAGAAAUAAGAAGUCUAGCACACCAGUUCAGUGCUGAAAAACUUCUUGAUCUUUGCAUAGCAAAUAGAGGAAUUUAUAUAAAGCUUGGUCAACAUGUAGGUGCAUUAGAAUAUUUAGUUCCAAAUGAGUAUGUUCAGACCAUGCAAAUUUUACACAAAAAUGCACCAAAAAAUUCAGUAGAGGAAUUAUAUAAGGUUAUAGAAGAAGAAUACCACAAACAGCCAGAUGAAUUGUUUGAUGAUUUUGAACCUGAGCCACUUGGCACAGCGUCUUUAGCCCAAGUUCAUAAGGCUAAACUUAAAGAUGGUACUGUUGUAGCUGUGAAAGUACAACACUCUUUUGUCAAGAACAAUUUUGACAUGGAUUUAAAAUGGAUUGAAUUUGUGUUAAAAACUAUGAUGAAAAUAUUUCCCGAGUUCAAAAUGCAAUGGCUAAUAGAUGAAACUAAAAAAAAUAUAGUAAAAGAACUGGAUUUUUUGCUAGAAGGAGAAAAUGCAGACAAAGUAGCAAAAUUAUUCAAACAUUACAAGUGGUUGAAAAUACCAAAAAUAUAUAAAGAAUUUAGCACAAGUAGAGUUCUUGUUAUGGAGUAUAUAAAUGGAGGAAUGGUUAAUGAUAUAAAUUACAUAAAAGAGCAUAAGAUAAACCAAUUUGAUCUUUGUGAAAAGAUUGGAGACCUAUACUCCAAUAUGAUAUUUGUGACUGGGUUUGUGCACAGUGACCCACAUCCUGGUAACAUCAUGGUGAUAAAAGAGCCUGGAGACAAAGAAGUCACCCUUUGUUUGUUGGAUCAUGGUUUGUAUGCUCAACUAACUGAUGAUUUUAAGUACCAUUACUCAAAACUAUGGUUGGGUAUUCUGUCUCGCAACACAGAACAAAUGAGGAUUCAUUCGGAAGCCAUGGGAAUACGAAAGGAGCUGUACGGUCUCUUCGCAUGUAUAGUAACAGGACGCACGUGGGAAGCGAUCAUGCAAGGAAUUGACAGGACUAACCCGUCAGCACGAGAGAAAAGAAUAUUCCAAGAUCAUCUACCCAGUUUUAUCCAUCAAGUCACGCAAUGCCUAGAACACGUCGAUCGUCAAGCGUUAUUAGUCUUCAAGACAAAUGAUUUGAUAAGGAGUAUAGAGUAUGCCUUGGGAACAGACAAGCGAAUGUGUGGAUCUAUUGUAAUGACGAAGUAUUGUCUGCAUACUGUUUAUAAUUAUGAUAGCAGGCAUACUUCACGAGCUUUACAACCUUUGGUGACGGCAAAAUACGGGUGGUCGUUAUUAGCACUAUAUUUAUUUAGUAUUUAUUUAAGACUAAUAGAAACUUGGAGAAAAUGCUGUUUAUAAUAGAAAAUUAUUAUAACAUAGCAAAAAUGGCCUUAAUCGAAUCUUGUGUACCAAAGUCUUUAUUUAUUCAUUUCAGAUGUCUAUAUACAUGUAUACUGGGUAUAUUAUAAUGGUUAGAAAUAUAGGAGGAUCGAGAACAAUAAAGCAUGAUUUGUGCUGUGGUUUCAUAAA